AUACAAAAAGAAAGGGCAGCUCCUGAACCACAAAGCCCAACUGCACUAUCCACUAUCCAUCUUAUUAUGAGAAGCAGCUUGAUUUGCUUCUCUUUACUGUAACAUGGCACUUUCAUCUCUCUCUUUGAACUGGGUUUCAACUCCCUUAUCAAACAAGUUGAAUGUGCCUCAUCCCAAUGCAUUUUCUUGUCAAAACUCUAUCAUAUGCCCAAGGGAGACCACUUCCAAUGAAGAAAACAAUUGCAAAAGACGGCUGCUACUGUUAGGAGCUGGAAUUCUAACUGCAAGGCUUCUCCCUACCAGUCCCCUUUUAGCUGAAGAGAUACCGAAAAAUUAUCGGGCGUUUGUCGAUCCCAGAGACGGAUAUUCAUAUGUUUACCCCUCGGAUUGGAUAGAUUUUGAGUUCAUAGGACAUGAUUCUGCAUUCAAAGACAGAUACUUGCAGUUGCAGACUGUUAGAGUGAGAUUUAUACCAACUGACAAAAAGGAUAUCCAUGAUUUGGGUCCUGUGAAUGAGGUUGUUUCUAAUUUGGUAAAGCAUGUGUAUGCCACACCAAAUCAAAUUGUUGAUAUAAUGGAUAUGCAAGAGAGGAAUGUAGAUGGGAAAAACUACUACGCCUUUGAAUACAAACUUACAUCUCCGAAUUACUCGAGCUCUUCCUUCGCAACCAUAGCCAUUGCAAAUGGGAGAUAUUAUACACUGGUUGUCGGAGCAAAUGAUAGACGGUGGAAAAGGCUCCGGAAUAAGCUAAAAGUGGUGGCAGACUCUUUCAGGGUGCUUGAUAUUUGAGAUAUUAUAUCAUAGUGCUCUGGGCUGUCUCCAAAGAGACUUGGAUUUUGCUUCUACUGUUGAACAACUACAUUUUUAUCAUUUGUUGUACAUAUCAGAAGACAUUGUUGCAAUACUACUAAGUUUCCACCUCUCCCAUUGUAGUCGGAUGACAAACCCUUUAGUCACUAGGGUUAUCUAUAUCCGGAGAGUCUUGCAUUUGAGUUGUAAGAGAGGCACUUACCACAUUUGUACAAUUAUCUUAGUCCACUGGACUUGUAGGGUAUUUUGUGACCUUAAAGAUUAGACAGACUCCAAUGUAAAC